GCGAUAAAUAACAACAACAACACAUAUAAAACAAUAAACAAAUUACGAAGAAAUAAUUAUGACUGUGGAAGAUUUGUGCGUUGCACAGGAACUAAUCGAAGAGAUACAUGCUGAUCUCGAUUUAGAUGAAGAUGGAAUCACAGAUGAAGAAGUGAACAGAAGAAAGACGCGCAUAUUUGUAGGUGGUUUGAGAUUUGGUUCGGAAGAUCAUGUUUUGCAUGAUUAUUUUGAUCAAUUUGGACCAAUCAAAGAAGCUGUUGUGAUCAGAGAUCGAAAGACUGGUUUGUCGAAAGGAUACGGAUUUGUGACGAUGACGGAAGAAAUGAAUGCAUUGAAAGCCAUUUCUGAUAAAGCACCAAAGUUGGAUGGAAGACGAUGCAAUGUCAACCUUGCUUAUAUUGGACAAAAGAAAAAACCACCAUCAAAGAAAAACGAUUUUCGGUUUAAAGAAAUUGGUCCUUCGUCUCCUACCAAUUAUUAUUUGAAUGGUCUGUAUCCUCCUCAACUAGUGACAAAAAAUGGUCAUUAUCCUUUAUUGGGCUUGCCACCCCUCCAUGGGUGCCAACCAAUUUAUCAUUUUGCACCAAGUCCAACAACAGCCUACGAGAAUCACAACACUUGCGAUCCUUACAUGCACCACUCUCCGAUGACGCCGAUAUCUCCCAUGUAUCCACAGACGAUUUUUUUCUCGCAGCCCAUGAUACUAAGCCCAUCGCCCUUAAACAACAACAACAGCUACGCGUAUCCCCCUCCCACGUUGUCACCGAACAGUGACUGCGAUAAAAAUAAUACCAUCGCGGAUAACAUCGCACCUAUCGCGCCUGUCGCAUCAUCACCUUCGUCAUUCACAUCGAUGACUGUAUCGCAUCAACCACCGGAUAUAGUUCCUAUUACGUCACAUAAUGUAACUGGUGGUCCAAUUAUUAUGGCACAAAAAUCUCCCAUAAACGGAAAUGCAAUUGUCCUGAACAGCCAUCAUGAUCACGUGGGUACAAGCUACCAAACUUUAAACAACAACAACUUGCCGACAGUAAAUGGUUCCUCUAAUACACAUCUUAUUCAAAAUAAUAAUCACAUCAUCAAUGGAAAUUCGAGUCAUUUAUUCAACGGAAAUCACGUGAUGAACGGUCAUAAUUCGGUAACAACAUUUGUGACAUCACCAUUAGCCUCGCCUUCCACACAUCACACAAACCAAAAUCAUGUUUUUCAUUACCAACCUCAACAACAGCAUUACUUGGCUCAUCGAGACAUGAUCCAUCAAAUAUAAACAUAAGAAAGACGAGCGAAAAGAAACUAGAUUUACACGAUAAAAAACGAUAAUGAACGAGGGGAGUUUACGGGUAGUAGAAAUUUUUCUUCUCUUAACGAAAGAAAUAGAACGCAUAAAUUUAAAUACACAUCAAAUCACGGUUAUUUAAACAUUUUAUAUUUUCGUUUCACGUCAUCUGAUGUCCUGUUUUAGAGGUCUCACCAGAUGUAUUAUUUCGUUUUGUUUUAAGUGAAUUUUAAUGGGAUUUUAGUUUAGGAUUUUUUUAAAUCCAGUGAACUGGCGAAACACUGAAGAUUUUCAGAGGUCAAUUAUUGUCAAAAAUUCAGAAUAAUUCUCGAUCUUCUGCAGUGGCUUUGUACAUGGUUACAGUGUUAAAGUAGCUACGCAAUUCAUAACUUUCAGCAUCAUUGGUUAAAAAAUUUAUAUUUUACGUAAAGUAGAUAAUUUCUUUUUAAAUUACGAGAAGUCAACACAUCGUGUCUUUUAGUUAGAAAGAAGCCUUUCUUAUUAACUAAAAAAGAGGCUCAUUUGCUGGAGGUUCAAGUCUAAAUACACAACAAGUCAUGACACCAACCAGCGAAGUCACACAAACUAAAAUUUUAUAUUUCUAGCAUAUAUGUUUUAUUAUAUAUUCAUUCUUUAUUGUAUUAAUAUUUUAAAUUUAUUUCAUUUUUCUUUCUUUUAUACAAGUCAUGUACAAAGAUACUAAUAAUUAUACUUAAAAUAAUAAAGACAAAAUUUUAA